AUGCUGGCAUCCAAAUCUCCGUAUCCUGCCUCCCUGGGGCUCCCACCGAACCCAGCGCCCCCGUCAACCCACCACUCUGGAUCCUCCCAUAAGGCGACCGCUGCUGCAAGCUCUAGCGAUGGAGGGCAGUUCACGAGUCCGACGGAAUCCGAAUUCUCCGAUGCUCACGAUGGUUUGGAAUCUGUUCGAUCGUGGGACGAAAAGAAAGUGAUAGAAUGGCUGCACAGUAUACGAUGCGGCCAGUACGAGACCUUAUUCAAGGCAAAUCAUGUCAAUGGAGACAACCUGCUCGAAUGCGAUCAAAAGAUUCUCCAGGAAAUGGGAAUCAAGAAGAUCGGCGAUCGGGUGCGAAUCUUCGUCGCCAUCAAACAACUCAGAAAUAAAGCAAUAUCGAACCGCAAAAAGCGAAAUAUGGAAUCUCUUUCGGCCCUUGAGGCUAUCACGUACACCCCUCCUUCCUCCGAAUCCCACUCCUCCACUUCUCGCCAACAGCCCUCCUCAAGCAGCCGGGGCUGGUCUCGGCAAGCGGAUCAAAAGUCGUCACGGCCGUCUUCGCCUUUGCCUGCGGAUGCCGAUAGAAACACACGAAGCCAUCGACAUGCUACCGAAAGCUCACGGAAGGACCAGGGAUCCGGGUAUCAUAGCCACCCAUCUUCCGCUGGUUCAGGCUCUGGUCGCCGACCUCCCACACCAGGAGACGCCAACCAAGCCUCCAAGGGGUCUGCGCAUUUAAGGCAAAAUCCCAGCAUUGAUGGUUUAACCAUGGGGCCGCUUCCUGCAAACUCUCCCGUCAUUCGAGUGAUAUACACUGGCGGUCAGACCAAAGUUCUCAAUGUCAAGCAUUGCAAGACACCAGAAGAAAUCAUGAUCUGUGUGUUGAAGAAAUUGCAACUCCCUGAAACCCAGUACAGGAAUUACUGUUUCUACGUGUUGGAUGGUUUGGAACCAGAUCCGGCAAACUGCAGGCGGGUAUCGGAUGCCGAACUGAUGCAAAUAUGCGAUCCCUCAAAUAAGUCAGAGCGCGGUCGUUUGAUUCUUCGAAAGAUUCAUGCUGGAGAGCCAGAUGCAGACGAGCUCCGUCGCGCUUCUCAACUGGCGCUGGAUGAGAGUCAGGUGACCCAUCUCAAUGCGUUGAGCAGUUCCAAUCCACGAAACCAGGCCAAGAUCCAGCAGCUCACGGGGGAAUCUUGGCAUAACAUCAAGCAGCCAAUGUCUCCAAUGUCCUCCGACAGGAACAGGCAUGUUAGCCAUCAAGAUGAUCAUGAGCCGUCGCCAACACCCGCGGUCCCGGAGCGCAACCCAGACCGAAACCCAGCGGCUAAGCUUCGCUCGUUCUUCGGUGCUAGACCUCCAAGUGAGAUGAUCAUACACGAGUUGACCUCGUACUUCCCAAGUCACCAGCGCGAUGAAAUCGAAAAAACGAUGCGUUUGUCCGUUCGACGAUCGCAGCGAAUGAGUCGUGCGGCGAGUCGUCUAAGUGUUGUCAGCAAUAUCAGCGUGGCCUCAAGCUUGAAGGAUGCUCCCCCUAUCCCGAGCAUCGCUGAUACGUGGCUGAGCGGGGGAGGCCAACCAACACGUGCCUCAAGACCGUUGUCUGUGUCGAGAUUCAACUUACCUUCAGUGGCGUAUCGCGACUCCAUCGCAUCGAGCACUCUGCAACCUCUCCAGGAGGAGUCCCCAGUUGAGCCCGACCGCAAGUCGUACGUAUCGUUCUCCAGUACAUCUGAGCAGGCGGCCGGCGAGCAUGGCAGAACUUUUCUCGAUGAGACGCUCAGUGUUGCAGCCACCGAUGGCGGUGGUUCUCUCAACGAACGCCUGAGCAUGAUUGUAGCAGAGGACGGGGAAGAAGAGGAUGUCGGUCUCAACGAAUUCCUUGCUGGCAACAAUUUCGCGCCGAAGAACUGGAUGAAGGGGUCUCUGAUCGGAGAAGGAUCGUUCGGAAGCGUCUUCCUUGCACUACAUGCGAUUACGGGAGAGCUCAUGGCUGUGAAGCAGGUGGAGCUGCCGUCGGCGACGAAAGGUACCGAACUCGACAAGAGGAAGAACAACAUGGUUGCUGCUCUGAAGCACGAAAUAGAAUUGCUUCAAGGAUUGCACCACCCCAACAUUGUCCAGUACCUGGGAACAUCAGCGGAUGACCAUCACCUGAACAUUUUCCUCGAAUACGUCCCUGGAGGGUCCAUUGCAGAGAUGCUGAAGCAAUACAACACGUUUCAGGAACCGUUGAUCAAGAACUUUGUCCGCCAGAUCCUUGCCGGUCUCUCUUACCUUCACAGUCGCGACAUCAUCCAUCGAGACAUCAAAGGGGCCAACAUUCUUGUCGACAACAAAGGCGGCAUCAAAAUUUCCGACUUUGGUAUCUCCAAGCGCGUGGAGGCCUCAGCCAUGCUGUCGUCUGGGGGUAAAAACCACCCGCACCGCCCGUCCCUCCAGGGGAGUGUAUACUGGAUGGCGCCCGAAGUGGUCCGACAGACGGCCCACACGAAGAAAGCCGACAUCUGGAGUCUGGGCUGCCUGGUGGUGGAGAUGUUCAUCGGCACCCACCCAUUCCCGGACUGCAGUCAGCUGCAGGCUAUUUUCGCCAUUGGCAACAACCAAGCCAGGCCUCCUCCACCGGAGAACGCGAGCAAGGAGGCGCGAGCGUUCUUGGACAUGACUUUUGAGAUCGACUAUGAGAAGCGGCCCAGCGCGGACGAGUUGCUGAAGAGUAAAUUCUUGGAGAUGUCCAUCGUAUGA